AGAUUACAAAGUGAGAGCUUUAAUAAUCCUGCAUAUUCAAGAGCAGCAUACCCCUCAGGCUACUAAAGAGCGACACGUUCCCCAAAUUCAGAAUUGUCGAGUUGCGAAGCUCCCAAACAUGGAUCGGAGUUUGGAUGAGAUCAUAGCUGAAAGACCGCGAUAUUCAAAUCGUGGACGUACCAGGCAGUCUGCCGGACGUCGCGGCAAUUUCUCCCGUGACGAAGCUCGAGUUCACAAGUUCUUCAGAAAUGAUCGCGCAGAUGUAGAACUUGAUUGGGUUCAUGAUAAGUUCGAAGAUGACAGAGACACGCGCCCUGCUUCCUUUCGAGGGCCCCGUGCCCGUCGUGAUGGCCGUCUUUCGCCGCCUCCUGAGCAAUCAUCUAGCGGAGCCAAACUUCGUGUUAAUAACUUACACUACGAUAUCACCGAGGAGGAUUUAAGGGGCUUAUUUACCGGCAUUGGGCCAAUUCUUUCCUUAUCUCUUGUUUACGACCGUGCUGGGCGUUCCGAGGGAGUUGCCUUCGUCACUUACAAACGCCUCGUUGACGCGCAAACCGCAAUUCGAGAGUUCGAUGGCGCCAACGCCAAGGGACAGCCCAUCCGUGUAACUCUCCUUCAGACCGGCGAGAGGUCCUCGAGACGUAGUCUGUUUGACGUUGCAGAAAAGCCAAGUGGCAGCUUAUUUGAUCGAGCGGAAAGGCCCCGCCGAGAUUCUCGUAGCUUAAGCCCAGGAAGCGGUAAUGAAGCCGCGCCUGGUCGUGGCCGUUAUCGACGGAGCGAUGUCUCCAAACCCCCUCCAGAGAACAUCGACCGGUAUGUCCCUGGCCAGCGGAACGGUCGUGGCUGGCGAGGUGGGGAAAAUAGGAGCAGAAAUGAUAGUCGCAGGGGUGUGAACGGAUCCCGAAGACCGAAGAAAACGCAGGAACAGCUGGACCAGGAGAUGGAAGAUUAUUGGGGCAACAAUGCCGGCACAGGGGGUGAUGCGGGCAAUAGUGUUGUUCAGGAAAGCAAAGUAGUAGCUGAAGCAGGCGCGCCGGCCGGGGAUGAUGAUAUCGAUAUGAUCCAGUAG